AUGGUGUAUUGUUAUGCUUUUGGCUGUACGCAUCGCACAGGGGGCAGACAGGCUUGUGGACUCUACAGGCUUCCGACUAAUGACAAGGACAGAAAGAAAUGGAUUAACAGAUGCACAAGGGCAGACAGGCCAUAUAACAGCAACGACCGGAUAUGUAGCUGUCAUUUUGUUGAUGGGAAGAAGGAGAAUGGUCCAACCAUUUUCAGCUUCAGUAAAGAUGUGGAAGAGGCUGUGGAACCAGAAAUUGACGUCCCUGAUACAGUCACUGGCAGCAACCAUGACCAUAGCUACAUAAAGCAGCCAUUGUCAGAAAUGGAUGAUAUGGAAGGUUCUACAGCGUGUUCAAAAUCUGUUCCACAGCUGGAGGAGCAGAUUGCAGAGUUAGAGAAUGAAAUCAAAACUCUUAAACUGUCGAAACCAAGACUGACGCUGCAAGAUAUAAUUCAUGAUACAAAUAAAAUGCUGUUGUACACGUCAUUCCCAACAGAUGUUUUUCAAGUGCUGGCGAGCAUGGUUCAGAGGAUGGCCCCAUUCAACUAUUAUGCUGGUUGGACAGUCACAUGCUUUAGCAUUCAGGAUCAACUUCUGAUGGCUUUGAUGAAACUAAGGUUGAAUUGUAAGGACCUAGAUUUAGCUGUCCGGUUCAAUACCAGCAGGGCAACUGUGUCUAACGUUAUAAACACCUACAUAUCUGUAUUGCAUGAAAUACUACAUGAUGGUGUUUUAAAGGCAGUAGGAGUUCCAAGCCAGCUGAAAUGCAAAGGCUCCAUGCCAAAAUCAUUUGAAAAUUUCACCUCUGCUAGAAUCGCUAUUGAUGCUACAGAAAUCAUACAAGAUGUGCCAUCAGAUAUGAACAGUCAGUCGCUGUCUUAUAGCAGCUACAAAAGCAGACACACUGUGAAGGCUGUAACCUGUGUUGCUCCAAAUGGUGCACUUGUUUACAGUUCAGAUUUAUACCCAGGUUCCACAUCCGAUGCUGCAAUUGUCGAACAUUGUCAUGUUCUAGACCAGCUUCAGCCUGGAGAUCUAAUUCUAGCAGACAAAGGAUUUAAUAUAUUUGAUAAACUUCCAGCUGGUGUUUCAUUAAAUAUUCCACCAUUUUUAUCCAGUAAAGGACAUUUUACUAAGGAAGAGGCUGAAUUGUGUUUCAAAAUAGGGAGAAGUAGAAUCCAUGUUGAAAGAGCACCAUUAUUGAAGGAAAUUGCUGAUAAAUAUGAGAUUUUGGAGUGA